AUGUCGUCCUCACAACCCUUUCGGGAUUCUUCCCCUCUUCUCGGCACAGGCAGGAGGAAAUCUCAAUUCAAAUACAAGCACUUGUCCCAGCUGGCAACAUACAAUACAUCGUGCCCACUGAGAGUCAUAGCUCACAUUGACCUGGACGCCUUCUACGCGCAAUGUGAAAUGGUACGACUGGGUGUUCCAAAGGACCAACCUCUGGCAGUUCAGCAGUGGCAAGGCCUGAUUGCCGUCAACUACCCAGCUCGUGAAUAUGGAAUCGGCCGCCAUUGCACUUUGCCGGACGCCAAGAAGCUUUGUCCUACUCUGGUUGCUCAGCAUGUAGCCACGUGGCGCGAGGGCGACGACAAGUGGGCAUAUCGUCAUGAUGCCGCCGUCAAUAUUCAGAGCGACAAGGUCUCGCUCGACCCUUACCGUCUUCAGAGCAGAAGGAUUCUGGGUGUCAUCAAGGAAAGCUUGCCCCCAGACAUCCAGAAGAUUGAAAAGGCGAGCAUCGACGAGGUGUUUCUUGAUCUUUCCGCUCAGGUGCACUCAAUCCUCUUGGAGCGCUUUCCCGAGCUAGCAAACCCGCCUCCUUACGAUGACCCCACUGAGGAUCUUCCUAGACCCUCCGUGGCAGCGCUGGACUGGCAGGCAGAUGCCCUCGUCGACUUGGACGAGGAGCAAGAGUCUGUGGAUCCAGAUUGGGACGACGUCGCGAUUCUUAUCGGGUCUGAAAUUGUGCGCCAUGUCCGGGGCCAGAUCUUGGAGAGGUUACAGUACACAUGCUCCGCAGGCAUAGCUAAGAACAAGCUACUAAGCAAAUUGGGCUCGGGUCACAAGAAACCUAACCAGCAGACUGUCAUUCGGAACCGAGCCGUGACCCAUUUCUUGUCCGGUUUUAAGUUCACCAAGAUACGCAAUCUCGGAGGAAAGCUCGGCGAGAACGUAGUGUCAACCUUCAAUACCGACGCCGUUCGCGAGCUACUGGAUAUCCCUCUAGACCAGAUGAAAGCCAAGCUGGGUCAUGACACAGGAAACUGGGUUUAUGACACCAUCCGUGGCAUCGACACUAGCGAGGUCAACUCCCGCACGCAAAUCAAGUCGAUGCUUUCCGCCAAGUCUUUCCGACCCUACAUUAAUACUCCUGAACAGGCUAUUAGAUGGCUUAGGAUCUUUGCUGCCGACAUCUUUGCCCGCUUGAUUGAGGAGGGCGUUCUGGAGAAUAAACGUAGGCCGAGAACCAUCAACUUGCACCACCGACAUGAUGGCCAAACCAAAUCACGCCAAGGUCCAAUUCCUCAAGGUAAAAUACUUGAUGAACAGGCCUUAUUUGACCUCUCGAAAAAUCUCAUGAAUCAAAUCAUGGCUGAAGGCAAUAUCUGGCCUUGUGCCAACCUCAGCUUGAGCGUGGGCGGAUUUGAAGAUGGCAUCACGGGCAACAUGGGCAUCGGAGCCUUCUUGUUGAAAGGAGAAGAAGCCCAGGCAUUGAGGCAGGGCAGUCGUGAAGCAAGCCAUCUGCCCACUUCGGAAGAGAUGCCAAUCUCCAAAAGGCGCCGGACAGAUGGAGGGUCGAUCGAUCGCUUCUUCACACGGAACGUUUCCACCGACGACGAACCGCCAAUCGCCAAUGCAGCCGCCGAGGGCAAUCUCGAACCCCGAGAGGAGAACAUCAGCUCUCGCCAGGUGCCAAUCACAUCCUUUGUAUGUUCACGUUGUAACGCACGUUUCGAAACACCGGAAGGCCACCAGAGUCACGAGGACUGGCACUUUGCCAAAGACCUUCAGGAUGAGGAACGUGGCAAACCUGCAUUUGCCAAUCGCGCUUCCACCGCCCGCAAUUCCAGUACAAGGCCAUCAAGUGCAUCGGGCAAGCGCGGGGGACGCGGCGGCAAGCUCGAGCAAGGACAAAGCAAGUUGAAGUUCGGAUGA